CCCAUGAUGAACAAUUUUGGCAGGUAGCCUAAUGAAUGGGGAAAAAUGGAAAAAUAAACUUUAUCUUGAACAAAUCCACCAUCACCACCUCACCUCUUCCACUUUCUUUUUUAUUUCCUCUUCUUCUCCACCACCUCUCCCCUUUUCUUCCCCAAUUAGGCAAAAAGAAACCCAGUUUCUUCAUUCAAAGCUAGAGAAAGGGGUGGAGGAAGAAAAGAGAGAAAAAGAGAAAUGGAGAGACUAAUCUGCUCUUCGCCACUCCCCUCUAAAUUACACCUUAAAUCCUACCCUUCCCUCCCACAACUCGGCCGUGUUGACCCCCGUAAACUCGGUGUUUCUCUAUCACCAACUACCGAGUCGUUCCGAGUUAACUCAACGUCUCUGAAACGCGGCCGAUUUCAAUUGCGGGCAUCUUCUAUUUCGAACCCAAUUCAGGACCCAUCUACCAAUUGGCAUUCGGACCCAUCUAAUUCAAAUGGGUCUACGCCGGAGCCCCAAAUUGUUUCACAUCCGUCGCCUAUCAAUCCAAAGUUACAGAAGGCCAUCGCCGCUGCAAAAAUUAUUCUAUUUUCAGCUCUUGCAAUGACAAUCAUUAACCCAGUCCGCACACUUCCAGCAUUCGCAAGCUUACAAACUGCCACGGCGGGGGGUGCGGUUACAAGAGGCUUCCUUCGCACCGAAAUACUGAGUAGUGCAUGGACCGGUUUCUUUGCCGGUUGUUUGCACACAUUAUCAGGACCUGACCACCUUGCCGCUUUAGCCCCUCUUUCAAUUGGCCGCACUAAAAUGGAAAGUGCGGCUGUUGGGGCCCUUUGGGGGUGUGGCCAUGAUGCUGGGCAAUUAAUUUUCGGCUUAAUCUUUCUUCUACUCAAAGAUCGCCUCCAUAUUGAAAUAAUUCAAACUUGGGGCACUCGGGUAGUUGGUGUAACCCUUCUUGUUAUUGGUGCCAUGGGUAUUAAAGAAGCUUCUGAAGUCCCUACACCUUGUGUUGCCUUAGAAAACGGGGAGUGUGAAGUUGAUGUGUUUGAAACCCCUCUUGUCGAGAAGAAGAAGAAGAAGAUCGGUUUUGCAACCUUUGCCACAGGGAUCGUGCAUGGGCUCCAGCCUGAUGCAUUAAUGAUGGUUCUUCCGGCUCUUGCAUUGCCCUCGAGGGUGGCUGGGGCAGCAUUUUUAGGCAUGUUCUUGGUGGGUACAGUUGUUGCAAUGGGAGGUUAUACCGUUUUCAUUGGGUCGUGUAGCGAAGCAUUGAAAGAUAGAGUUCCUAGAAUAACCGAGAAGCUCACCUGGGCUGCUUCUCUCGUAGCUAUUGGGCUUGGAUUGGCUAUAAUUAUUAGUCAAUUUUUCGGGUUUAGUUUGUAUUAAUUAAUUACUUAGUUUUUAUUUACAGGAUGUCAAGAUUUCGGAUUGUAGGUAAUUUUUUUCCCGACGGAGCAUUAGGAAGGAUUUUGGGAGUGAGCAAAUUGAUUUUCUGAAGAGAUUACUACGUACGUUGAUGAUUUUAGUUUGUUGUAUGUUUUAUCAGUUUAUGUGUGCAGUAUUUAUAGGUAUAACUCUCAUAAUACCUUAAUACUUUAAUGUUGUAUGAAUUUCACUUGAAAUUGUGUAAUAGUGUGGUGUAUUAGUAUUA